GGGGUUCGCGAGGGUUCAUGAGUCGAGGGGUAGUCUAAUGAGAAGGAGAGUACGGAGUAUAUAAGUUGAGCGUUGGAGGAGGGGACGUCGUGGGAGGUAGAUUCAGCAGUUGAGUGCUGAUUGCCAUAUCCCGUUCACAUCAUCCAUUACUGUCUCUGGAUUUUGGUAGGGGACUGUACACAAUGCUGCUUCUCACUCCGAAGAGGCUGGCAAGCCUGCUUCUCACCGCAAGCACUGCGGUAGUCAACGCAGAUACAUGCGACGAAGUCGAAGCACUGGGAACCAUCGAAGUAUCCCGCCCCCUAAACCCAACCUACAUAACCGAACAAGCCCAAUACUGGAGCACCUCCUGCUCGGCCCUCAAACCAACAUGCAUCCUCUUCCCGCGCAGCGCCUCCCAAGUCUCCCAAAUCCUCACCCAUCUCUCCACCACCAACGAACCCUUCGCCAUCAAAUCCGGCGGGCACAACCCAAACAACUACUUCUCCUCCGUCUCCGGUGGCCCCCUGAUCAGCACCCAACACCUCUCGCACGCCUACCUCGACCCAACCACAGGCAUCCUCGACGCCGGCCCAGGCAACCGGCUCGACGGCAUCGCCGCAAAACUCCAAGGCACGGGAUGGACCUUCGUCGGCGGCCGCAUCGGCAACACGGGCGUCGGCGGGCUCGUCCUCGGCGGCGGCCUAUCCUACAUGAGCGCGCAGUACGGCUGGGCCGCAUCCAACGUGCUCGCGUACGAACUCGUCUUCGCCAACGGGACCAUCGCCAACGUGACGGCUACCUCGCACGCCGACCUCUUCAAAGCGCUGCGCGGCGGGCUCAACAAUUUCGGGAUCGUGACCAACUACCGCCUCCAAGCUAGACGGCAGGGUGAUGUCUGGGGCGGCAACCUCGUCUUCCCACUGCGGUCCGACGACACGGAUAAAAAACUAUUGGCUGCCGUGCGCGACUUCACGGAGUACAAUACCGACGACAAGGCGGCCGUCAUCGUGACGGCCGAGCGCGCGAAUCUCAAUCUCGUGGACAGUUGGAUCUUGUUCUUGUUCUAUGACGGCGGCACGCCGCCCGAGGGCACCUUCAAAAAUUUCACGGAUAUAGGCCCCCUGCUGGAUACGUGCCGCACGCGCACGUAUGCCGAUCUGAUGGCGUCCAGCAAUUGGGCCGUUGUGAAGGCGUCGGUCGUGGACAUCGCGACGGAGACGAUCCCGCUGCCGUCGCGCGCCAACAAGGCGAAAGUCAUGGAUGCGCUGCACGCGCACUGGCGCAACGUGUCGAGCACGGCGCUGGGCCUCGAUGUCCCCGGCAUCGUGGCGAGUAUAGCGUGGCAGCCGUUUCCGAGGCGGAUCGCGCAGCAAGCCAAGAGGUUGGGGCCGGAUCUGAUUGAUGCGGAUGACGAGGUCGAUCGGAUUAUCAUUGAGAUGAAUUAUAGUUUUCUUCCGCAGAGCCAGUAUGAGAGGAUGGCGGAUACGGUACAGGCGACGUAUGAGGGGGUUAGGAAGAGCGUUCUGGGGUGGCAGGCGGAUGGCACGCUGCCGCAGGCAUAUUUGCCGCUGUUUGCGAAUUAUGGGUUUUAUAGGCAGGAUUACUUUGGGAGGCUGAGGCCGGAGAAUCGGGCGUUGGCGAGGAGGGUGGCGCAGGAGGUGGAUCCUAAUGGUCUGUUCCGGACGAGAACGGGAGGGUGGAGGCCGUAGGAGGAUUGAUAUCGCGAAGGAUGCAAUCAGAGGACGAUUGAGGGCCGUUGGGUUGAAGACGGUGCGAUUUUGUAGCCUGCGCUGGGUAUCUAGAGUC